CUCCUUUCCCUUUCUCAAACAAUGGUUGCUAUCAACCCUGGCUUAUUCAUCGAUGGCUCUUGGAUUCUCGCAGAAAAACUUCCCAACUUCCCAUCGCGAAACCCGGUCAACGAAAAGGUCCUCGGUCUGGUUCCCGAAACAUCACCUCAGCAAUUAGAGGACGCGGUGCAAGCAGCGCAUAAAGCGCUCGGUGCAUGGGGACAACUGCCUGGAGUAGAAAGAGCUCAGUAUCUACUCAACACCGCAAAGCAAUUUGAAGAUCACCAAACAGAAGUUGUGGAGUUGUUGAUUGCUGAGACAGGAUCCUCGUUUUCAAAGGCUAUGUUUGAACUGGACUAUACAGUCAAGUUUCUAAAAGCAGCUAGUGCUGACUUCCGGUUCGGCAACGGUGAAGUGUUUCCUUCAGACGAUGGCACCUUGAGCUAUACCACUAGACGUCCGCUUGGCGUCAUUGCUUGUAUCUCGCCAUGGAACGUUCCCUUGAUUCUCACCGUCAAGAAGGUUGCAAAUGCUUUGAUUGCAGGAAAUACAGUGGUUCUCAAGCCAUCAGAGGAUUCCUCGCUGAGUGUGAUGAAACUAGUGGAAAUGUUUGCUGCAGCAGACCUUCCUCCUGGAGUGCUGAAUUUGACCACUGGUCAUAGUGAUGUAGGACGAGCUUUGAUUGCACAUCCACUGACGAAGGCCGUCACUUUUACUGGCUCUACAGCCACGGGAAAGAAGAUUGCUGCGCAAGCCGGUGGUCUUCUCAAGCGAUGUGUAUUGGAGCUUGGAGGCAAAGAUGCACUCAUCAUUUUAGAGGACAUUGAUAUAGACUUCGCUGUGAACGUUACAGCUUUUUCAGGGUUGUUCCACCAAGGCCAAAUAUGCAUGUCAUCAGAACGGAUUCUAGUGCAAUCGUCUAUCGUCGAUCGGUUCACCGAGAAAUUGUUGAAAAAGGUUCAAAGUCUAAAGAUGGGUGACCCAUCCGAUCACAGCGUAGACCUCGGCCCUAUGAUGUCUCAAAGACAACUGGAUAUGGUGAAGGACCACGUUGAGGACGCUAAGCGAUUAGGUGCCAAUGUUCUGUGUGGCGGAGAACACUCCAAUGGACUGUUUUACCCUCCGACCAUUCUGACGGGGGUCACUAGAGACAUGAAGCUUUUCAAAGAUGAGACCUUUGGGCCUCUAUUGCCGAUCAUGGGCUUUGACACCAUAGAUGAGGCUAUUGACAUUGCUAAUGAUUCCGAAUACGGUCUGUCCGGAGGAGUAUUAACAAAUGACGUGGAGAAGGCUUUCUAUAUCACCAACCGCUUGGACACAGGUAUGGUCCACAUUGGAAACGGCCCUUUAUUGGACGAUCCAACCGAUGCCGCGUUUGGAGGAAUCAAGAGUAGCGGUAUGGGCCGAGAAAACGGAAAGUACUCAUAUGAAGCUUUCACUGAGCUCAAGUGGGUUACUGUUCAUCAUAAGAAACCAGGCUUUCCCUUUUAAACCACCUCUCACUGCACAAACACAAUAUAACCCACAGUACGAUUUUGACAAAUGCAAGAUAAUUUUCUUUGAGACAAUCAUUGAAUGAUUUUGGGUACUGACGAUGAGACAAAAUAAGAAAAAGACAACGAAAUAAAAAUAUAGGAAU